AUGUCGACCACCUAUGUAGAGACCGCACCCAUGGGCCACCAGUCAUACCACCAGGCCAGCUACCCUCGCGAUGAGGUCCGAGCCUAUCGCUUCGUCGAUGGGGAAGACGUGCUGAAGCUGGUGUCAACGUGUGAUGGAGCAGGACGAGCAUUCUGGCGCGAUCCGUGGGAGGGAUCCGGCCACUACUUCCGAAGGGGCGAGGAGGACGUGGUGCCGGCAAUCGUGCUGUACAUGCUCUUCUUCCUUAUGGUCACCUCCAUGUUCAUCUUCUGUUUUGGUCAGCUCAUGACCUCCUCUGGAUGA